AGGAGGGGAGGGUGGUGAUCGGUGUUCCGUCGUUUCUGGCUAUGCGUUUGUAUAUAGUGCAUGUAUAUUGUUUUGUAUGGAUUUUUCUCGUUUCUUACUUUUGCCACGCGUAACUGCAAUACAUGAAGAAGAGGAAGAUAACCCGGAAUGAGAUGCGUUUAGUGUGUGUAACGUUCUGUUUACGAACGGAGCAGCUUGCACAUUUAUAGCCAUACUAUUAUAGCCAUAACUAUCGUUGUAGAGAUGCAUAUUUGUACCAAAUAAUCCGACAUUGGGCUUUCCCUGGCGGAUCCACCCCGGAGGACGCAGUGCUGUCUUGACCGAGCGUAAACUCAUAAUCCAGAGAUGGCUCGAAUAUUGUUCCUGAUGAUUCUCUAUGCUCUUCCGUCUCUUGUUGUGCCAAUACAUAAUUCAUCAACUGGAGGCUGUGCCAUCAUCCGGCCUCCCAGGGACGGGGGGAUCCGCUACCGAGGCCUGACACAAGAACAGAUCCGCAGUGUGCAGAUCCUCCCUGUGGAUUAUGAGAUAGAAUACAUCUGCAGAGGAAACCGGGUGAUCGUGGGACCCAAGGUCAGGAAGUGCUUACCCGACGGCACAUGGACGGACAUGACGCUAAACAGCACAUGUUUGCUGCUGUGCGCCCGGGUGUGGACCUCCCUGGAGAACGGCCGGGUGACGGCGAAGCCCCCCGGGCCGCCGGUGGAGGGGACGGUGCUGCACUACAGCUGCCACGCCGGCUUCAUCCUGGAGGGCAGGAACAUCAGCCAUUGCACCAAACUGGGCAAGUGGGACGCGCCCAAGCCCACCUGCCUCUGCAAGAAGAAGCUGUACAUCGGAGCGCUGUUCCCCAUGAGCGGGGGCUGGCCGGGCGGCCAGGCGUGCAUGCCCUCCGCUCAGAUGGCCCUGGACCUGGUGAACAACCGGAGCGACAUCCUGCCGGACUACGAGCUGGAGCUCAUCCACUACGACAGCAUGUGCGACCCCGGAGAGGCCACCAAGUUGCUGUAUGACCUUCUGUACACCGAGCCCAUCAAGAUCGUCCUCAUGCCCGGCUGCAGCGGCGUCUCCACGCUGGUGGCCGAAGCCGCCCGCAUGUGGAACCUCAUCGUGCUGUCCUAUGGCUCCAGCUCGCCGGCGCUGUCCAACCGCCAGCGCUUCCCCACCUUUUUCCGCACGCACCCAUCUGCCACCCUUCACAACCCCACCAGGGUGAGGCUCUUCCAGAAGUGGAAAUGGACCCGCAUCGCCACCAUCCAGCAGACCACCGAAGUCUUCACCUCAACUCUAGACGAUCUGGAGCAAAGGACGAAGGAGGCAGGCAUCGAGAUCAGCGUUCGCCAGAGUUUCCUCACCGACCCGGCUGUCGCUGUCAAGAACCUCAAGCGCCAAGAUGCGAGGAUCAUUGUGGGGCUCUUUUAUGAGACCGAGGCCAGGAAGGUGUUUUGUGAGGUGUUCAAGGAGAAGCUCUACGGGAAGAAGUAUGUGUGGUUCCUGAUAGGCUGGUACGCAGACAACUGGUUCAAGAUCAAAGACCCAGCUAUCAACUGUACAGUGGAGAACAUGACGGAGGCCGUGGAGGGACACGUGACCACCGAGAUCGUCAUGCUGAACCCCGAGACGGUCCGCGGCGUCUCCAACAUGACGUCGCAGGAGUUCAUCGCCGCCUUGAUGUCUCGUCUGGGGGGGAAGAACCCCGAGGACACCGGUGGGUUUCAGGAGGCCCCGCUGGCCUACGAUGCCGUGUGGGCUCUGGCCCUCGCCCUCAAUAAGACCGUGGCGCCGCUGAAGGCCAAGGGCCGGCGCCUGGAGGACUUCAACUACAACAACCACGACAUCACCUCCGAGAUCUACAGGGCCCUCAACACGAGCUCCUUUGAAGGCGUUUCGGGCCAAGUGGUGUUUGAUGCCCAGGGAUCCAGGAUGGCAAUGACUCUUAUUGAGCAACUGCAAGGAGGCAGUUACAAGAAGAUCGGUUACUAUGACAGCUCUCAGAAAAACCUUUCGUGGUUUGGCAAUGAUGUCUGGAUAGGUGCUGGACCUCCGGCGGACCGGACCGUGGUGAUCGAGGAGUACAGGUUCUUGUCUCAGAAGCUGUUUGCAGCUGUGUCCGUCUUCGCUGGCCUCGGCAUCCUGUUCGGCAUCGUCUGCCUAACCUUCAACAUCUACAACGGCAACGUCCGCUACAUCCAGAACUCUCAGCCGUACCUCAACAACAUGACCGCGGUGGGAUGCAUGAUGGCUCUGGCCGCUGUGUUCCCACUGGGCAUCGAUGGUCACCACGUCCACAGAUCUCAGUUCCCCGUCGUCUGCCAGUUCCGCCUGUGGCUCCUCGGCCUCGGCUUCAGCCUGGCAUAUGGCAGCAUGUUCACCAAGAUCUGGUGGGUCCACACCCUCUUCACAAAGAAGGAUGAAAAGAAGGAGAAGAAGAAGCAACACUUGGAGCCAUGGAAACUCUACGCAACAGUUGGAGUGCUGCUGGCUAUCGACUUUCUGUCACUCAUGAUCUGGCAGAUUGUGGAUCCUCUGCACGUUACGGUGGAGAAGUUCACUAAGGAGGCCCCGAAAGAAGAUUUGGAUGUCCUGAUUCAGCCCUUGCUGGAGCACUGCAGCUCCGAGAAGAUGAACACCUGGCUCGGUGUGGUUUAUGGCUACAAGGGGCUGCUGCUGCUGCUGGGCAUAUUUCUGGCUUACGAGACCAAGUCUGUCUCCACAGAAAAGAUCAACGACCAUCGGGCCGUGGGGAUGGCUAUUUACAACGUUGCUGUGUUGUGCCUGAUCACGGCUCCAGUGACCAUGAUCCUCUCCUCGCAGCAGGACGCCUCCUUUGCCUUCGCGGCUCUCGCGGUCGUCUUCUCGGCCUACAUCACUCUGGUGGUGCUUUUCGUACCCAAGAUGCGACGUCUCAUCACGCGCGGCGAGUGGCAGUCGGAGCAGCAGGACACUCUGAAGACCGGCUCGUCCACCAACAACAACGACGAGGAGAAGUCCCGACAGCUGGAGAGAGAGAACAGGGAGCUGCAGAAGAUCAUCCAGGAGAAAGAAGAGAGGGUGUCGGCGCUCCGCAACCAGCUGGCGGAGCGCCAGGCUCUGCGCAACCGCCGCCGUCCCUCCUCGGGCCAGAAUCAGAACCACAACGACCCGCCGCCCUCCUCCCAGCCGGAUCCCAAGUCUCUGCUGCCCCCGCCCGGCUACCCCAACCCCCCCACAGACAACCACGCCCUCCCACCCUCCUUCUCCAACUCCUCCAGCCUCUACCCGGCCGACAGCAAGAUGAACCGCAACCACUGUCACAACAGCCAGAUCCCACUGCUGUAUAAGUAGGAGGGGGGGGGGGAGACAGACACACACACACAGACUCACACAGACCGACCCCCCCCCCACACACACACACACACACACACACACACACACACACAGACACACAGACACUGUGUCUUCACUACUCACCGUCAUGACCCUCUUGUAGAAGCCGGUGUGAAGCGCUAGUGAGACUCACACAGACCCCCCCCCCCCCCCACACACACACACACACACACACACAGACACAGACUCACACAGACCCCCCCCCCACACACACACACACACACAGACACAGACUCACACAGACCCCCCCCCCCCCCCCCACACACACACACACACACACACACACACACACACACAGACACUGUGUCUUCACUACUCACCGUCAUGACCCUCUUGUAGAAGCCGGUGUGAAGCGCUAGUGAGACUCACACAGACCCCCCCCACACACACACACACACACACACAGACCCCGCCCCCCCUAGUGAGCGGUCCGACGAGCAGCACUCGAGGCCGGGUGAGGUGAGGUGGACCUGUCAAUCAUUCGGCGCGUCGAGGAGCUCAAAAGGAAACGUUGUGUUUGUGUCUUUAAUAGAUCGUCUCCACCUUUUUGUCUCUGGACUUUGUUGGCGAGCACACACAGUAGUGAUUUAUAUUGUAAUAUCGGAGUCGUUGUUAAAUGAUUUGUUUUCUUUCUCGUGGAAAUCUUAAUAAUGUCAUUAUUAUUAUAAAUUAGAAGGGGCGGAGGAACUGGGCAUGUAUGGAUGUCUGUUUUCAAGACUGUGUAUUCAAAUCUUAAAGUCCAGUCCUCUAGAUGUUCCAUCCUUUUGAAAGGAAAGCGUGACCCAAGCUCAUGUGCAGGGGAACAUUUUGAUAUUCGGCCAUUCAGAAUAAUGUUUUACAAUGUGUUGUUUUGAGGUUUGUGUGCAUCUAUUCAGCGUAGUACAGUAGUAGCCAUCAAAUAAACCCCUCGUCCUACGUUUUGUGAACCUCCAACUUGCCAGAAGGAUAGUUUGUAAUGAAAGCCAGUUUAUAUUUCUACAGCAGUGACAUGUGGAGCUUCGACGAUGGCUAAUCCUGUACAUAUUCAGAGAAGGCACCGUUUUUAUACACGUUAUUCUUGUGAGCCUUUUAUUAUUUUAUUGAAUGUUUUUCCAUAACAGACAAUCUGGAUGGAUGCUAUUUUAUUUUGUAUUUUUCCUUUGGGCAAACUGUUGAUGUAUCAAAGAAGGAUAUUGCGUAAUGUGAUGUGACAUAUUUAUUUAUAGCAGUUAAUCUGAAUGUACUAUUUCAUUCAUGAGCUAUUUCCAGAUUUUGCAAAAGCAAUGUACCUGAACAGCUUUAUCAGCAGGUAAAACAAUACUUCAUCAAAUAUUUGUAAACAUAUAUUUAUGCCAGUGUGCACUUUAAACCAAAACAAACUAUGGUUACUCCACUUUAUGUUGCUGUUAUUCUAAUACACAAUAUGAUUUCUCAUUUUAGCUCAGGGUAUGGAGGAAGACAUCAAUGAAUGAAAUGGGACAUAUGUAUUAACUGUGCUGUACCAGGAUCAGAAAGUGUAACAUAUGAAUGCAGAAAUAAUUUAGGAAAUGUUCUAUUAUCUUGCACAUAUAUGACAAUAUACAUGGAUUUGGGGAUAUUUGUAUUCACUAUAUCUAAGAUCUUAAAUGUUAAUAUAUUUCAGAGUCUGUGUAUGCAAAUAUAUGGGUACCAUAAAUAAAUAAUUGUUUUUCCAUUGA